GCAGGGGCCGCUGGGCUGUAGGUCUCCUCCUGCUAUCGGGGUGAGCUCUUUGUGAAGAUGGCGGGCGGUGGGUCCGUGAAGCAGGAGCGGCACCGGCCUGGGGCCUUCAAACAGAACAACAAGGAGCACAAAACCGGGAGGCACCGCAGCAAGGGCGGCCUGGAGCGGGAGCGGAGAGAUUCAGAAAGAGCCAUUAUCCUGUCCCAAGAGGCCACGUGCUCUGUGCCAGCUGCAGCAGGUGGUAUGACUGUGUUCAAAGGUGUGAGUGAGCAUACAUUGGGCACUGGACACUGUGCUCUGGACAAUGGACACUGGGCUCCGGACAAUGGGCACUGGACAAUGGGCUCUGGACAAUGGACACUGGGCUCCAGACAAUGGUCACUGGACAAUGGACACUGGGCUCUGGACAAUGGGCUCCGGACACUGUGCUCUGGACAAUGGACACUGGGCUCCGGACAUUGGGCACUGGACACUGUGCUCUGGACAAUGGACACUGGGCUCCGGACAAUGGGCACUGGACACUGGGCUCUGGACAAUGGGCUCUGUACACUCGGCUCCGGACACUGGGCACUGGACACUGGGCUCCAGACAAUGGGCACUGGACAAUGGACACUGGGCUCUGGACAAUGGGCUCCGGACACUAAGCUCCGGACACUGGGCUCCGGACACUGGGUACUGGACACUGGGCUCUGGACAAUGGACACUGGACACUGGGAUACUCUGAAAGUAAGCAGGAAGAUCGUUCGAAAAGUUCCAAAAGGUACCUCUGAUUACCAGGCCACAUGGAUUCUGGAUGAUGAAGAAGGGGAUGAGGAAGAGGAGGAGGAAAGUGACGAAGAUAUGGAGAAGAAUGAGAUGAUGGGCGAGACCGUGUCACAGGCCAGUGAAGCAAGUGAUGGUGAGGAAGAGGCUGAUGAGGAAUGUGAAACCAUGACAGUUCCAGAAAGCAUUCGCGAUGAUCAUUAUGACGAAAAGAUUGACGAAGAAGAAGAGAUGAUGAUGCUGGAAAAGUACAAGCAGGAGCGAAUGGAUGAAAUGUUCCCUGAUGAGGUAGACACGCCAAAGGAUGUAGCAGCUCGAGUCAGGUUUCAGAAGUACCGGGGGCUGAAGAGUUUCCGGACUUCGCCCUGGGACCCCAAGGAGAACUUGCCACGGGAUUACGCCAGGAUAUUCCAGUUCCAGAACUACACCCGGACAAAGAGAAGAAUCUACAGGGAGAUUGAAGAGGAGGAGGAAGGUGCAAUGCCUGGCUGGUAUGUUACUGUACACAUUGGCAAUGUGCCCGUGUCGCUGAUGGAGAGUUUCAAACUGGAGGUUCCCCUGAUCCUCUUCACUCUACUGCCACAUGAACAGAAGAUGUCAGUGAUCCAUUUCCUGCUCAGGAGGCACGUGAGCAACACUGAGCCCAUCAGGUCGAAAGAGGAGAUGGUGUUCCAUUGUGGCUGCCGAAGAUUUCGGGCUCCCCCUCUGUAUUCCCAGCACACAGCAGCCAACAAGUUCAAAUAUGAGCGUUUUUUACGUUGUAACACCACUCUGGUGGGGACUGUGUAUGGUCCAAUCACCUUCUCGCCAGCCUCCGUCUUGAUGUUCAAGCAAAGAGCGAAUGGUAUGCACGACCUGAUUGCGACUGGUUCUGUACUAAAGGCUGACCCUGACCGAAUCAUUGUCAAGAGAAUUAUCCUGAGUGGCCAUCCCUUCAAAAUCAUGACCAAAACCUCUGUGGUGCGCUACAUGUUCUUCAACCGAGAGGAUGUGCUGUGGUUUAAACCAGUGGAACUCCGAACAAAAUGGGGACAAAGAGGUCACAUCAAGGAGCCUUUAGGGACUCAUGGACACAUGAAAUGUUUGUUUGAUGGCCAGCUGAAAUCCCAGGAUACCGUGCUGAUGAACUUGUACAAGCGAGUUUUCCCAAAGUGGGCAUUUGAUCCCUACGUUCCGAGUCCAGUGCCUUGGGAGCGAACUGAAUCCACUGUCAAUGUGCUGGAGAUUGAGAUGGAUUAGAGUGUCCAGCCAGAUUUCCUCCUCCGUGCCUUUUAUUUAAAAAAACAAAGUUUUCCAAUUCAGAAUCUGUUGGAUCACA